AUGGCUCAAGCUCCGGUCAUACUGUUGAACGGGCUUCCCGUGAAGACGACUUACAUGGCCAACUGUAGACUAUGUUUGGGCACCAACUUUGGCGAUAGCAGCACCACCAUCGUUGAAGAACGGUUUAGCGUCAUGUUGAUGCAGGUAUUUCCCUUUCCGAUACCAAACCAAAUAGGUCUGCCGAUGAAUGUUUGCAGCAAAUGUAGAAAAGGCGUGGAGCUUUUUUCCAAAUAUACUAAAAAAGUGCAAACGAAUCAGAAGAAACUGGAAGAAACAUUUAUCAAAGUGGAUUUACCCAAUAAUCAGCAAACUGGUAAUACUAAUAGCGUAUUUCAAAACGAUAAAGAUGAUAAUUUGAUCGAAGUGGAUAUGCAAUGUGAGCCUGUAACGGAUACUGAUGAACAUAACUAUGAUUCGCAUGGGCAAUCAACAAGCUAUGAAGAUACACAAACACAUUUCGUAGCGGUUCCUGGUCCUGCAAAUGUUUUCCGCUGUUCUGAAACUGUUGGUUUCGAACGUAUCAAACAGUGUGGUACGAGACCAGCUGUGGAAGUCAUAUCCCUAAGUGACGACGAAUGUGAAGAGCGUGCUCAAAUUGGCGAUCGCAAUGAUAAGCGAAAAAAGCAUGCUACACACAAUCAGCAUUCGAUUCCAAAACCGCAGUCCAGUAGAAGAGCAUCGUCUCGAGCUAUACCAGCUGCUACAAUGGAAAAUAAUGUUAGCUAUUUGGAUGAACCAAUAGAUAAUUUGACUGGUGGUGUAGUUAUGGUCUAUUACGAAGCAGAUGACGUUGAAGAAAUGAAAGCAACAACUUCAUCGGCGCACAGUCAAAGCACCGAAUGCAAAGCAACGAACUACUCGUUCGAGCACAAGUGGAAAGGGACAUAA